GCGGCCCGGCGACAGCCCCGAGAGCGGCGGGGCGGGCUGAGGCGGCGGCGGCGGCGGCGCCUCCUCUCUCAGCCCCUCGGCGUCCCAGUGCCGGCGGCCGCUGUGGCGCUCAGAUUGUGGAAACCUGAACUAACACAUCCUGUGACUGACAACGUGACAACUACACCAAAAGAUUCUCCAGCAUAUAGCCUUGGACGUGACGCACUGAUUGGAAUCGGCUCGUUCACAGGUCGCAAAGGAACAGAGAGUUUUCCUUGUUUAACAACCAGACGCGGCAUCCUGUCAUCCGCUUGAACAGGACAAGCGGUGAAGGAGGGGAGAAAUGGCGGAGGAUAGGAAAGACGAAGCCAAGGCACCGCACUGGACUUCGGGUCAGCUAACAGAGGCUUCUUCACACCCACAUUCACCCGAAAUCAAGGAACAGGGUGGCGCGGGUGCCGGACUGGUCAGAAGUGCCAAUGGGUUUCCCUACCAAGAGGACGAGGAGCCCGGGCUGGGCGGCCGGGAGCAGCCAGGGACGUACGCUCGGACCAAAGAGAACGGGAUCAACGGAGAGCUGUCGGCAGGGGACAGGGAGACCGCAGAAGAAGUGUCUGCGAGGAUAGUACAAGUAGUAACAGCUGAAGCUGUAGCAGUCCUAAAAGGUGAACAGGAAAAAGAAGCCCAGCACAAAGAUCAGCCUGGACCACUACCUAUAGCAGUCGAAGAGUCAGCCAACCUGCCUCCUUCCCCGCCUCCAUCACCAGCUUCUGAGCAAACUGGAGCUCUGGAGGAAGAAGAAGAACCAGUAGAGAGUCCAAUGGCUGUGGAAGCGAAACCUGCUGCUCUUCCUGGGAAGCAAGUGGGGAAAGAGCACGGGCCUGUUGAGCCUUCAGACCAGGCCAAGGGCCUCGGUGAGGGUCAGCCGGAAUCUGGUUUGGAGGCCAAAGUGUGUCACGAAGACAAAGUGCCAAGUGUGGCAUCCAGCAGGGCGAGCGUAACAGUUGUGGCGGAAACGCCUCUGAAAGACACAUCCCCUUCCUUGGCUGAGGAAGCCACGAAGAUGGAAUUCCGUGUCCAGGAGGGCACAUGCCCUUUCACAACAGAACCAUUAGACACAAAACGACAGGAAUCUGGAAAAGACAGUAAGACUGAGCAACCUAAACAUGAUGCCUUAGUUCCACAGCCAGCAAAAACAGAGGAUAAAAAGGAUUCACAGAGCAAAGACAAAGAAAAAACGCCUUCACAUCCAACAGAACAGAUCUCAGAAACUGAUUCACAGAAGAAAGGGGAAGCCAGUUUUGCAGAACCUGCCUCCAAGCUUCCUGGUUUUCAAGAACAAAAGGACUUGCCAUCUGAACUGCCUGAAGGGAGCAAAACAGAAGAAAGGACUGCAGAUGUGCCCUCAUCAUCCAACCAAAUUAUGUCUAUGACAUUUAAAGAUGACCUUAAAGAUCUCCAAGAUCGUGCCAUCAGCCAUGAGGGAAGUUCUCUGAUGCUGUCAGAACCCAAGGCAGAGGCAGCCAAAAGUGAACUACCUUCAGGCCCAUCUCAUGCUGUCCCCCAGGAGCUUCCUCUCAAAGACAGUUACAAAACAAAACAGGAACCCACUGACCAACUGUUUGCCAAAGAUCUCGCUAAAGAUGAACAGAUCCACAGAGACAUGACCCUAGCUCUGCAUGAAGAAGUAGCUGUAGAUGGCCUGAAAACACCAAGCGCCCAGAAAAUCCCUGCAUGGGGGGAGGAAAAGGACAUGACUAAGGAGGAGAGUGAUGAGGAAGAAAGGUAUGACUUCUAUGAUAAAGGGGAGGCUCGAAUAUUAGAUGAUGGCAAAUUUACCACAAAACCUGAAGUUAAGACCCUUUCCCAAGACAAAGCAGACUUUCAAAAGGAUGCUGAAGCUAAAAUGUCAUCUGAUCUUUUCAAAGCAGAAAAAGAAAUGGACCAAAGUGGGCUUCCAGCAACAGUAGACAUGAAAAAAGAUGUGCAGCCAAGCACAGAGGUAUCCCCAGACAAGUUAAGCCCUGAACUGACCCUUGAGAAAACAACAGAGCACCCUGAUACCACACAGUUAUCCCAAACAACAGAGAAGACCCCUGAGGCACAAAGUUUAACCACAGAUAAGGCUUCUUCUCUAGAACCUUCUCAAGAGAAAGAUGUUAAAAAGGAUACCAAGGAUGAUAAGACAAGUGUUUCGGCUACUCAUGAAAUGAAAGCAGAAGUGGAUCGAUCAGGAAUGUCGAAGUAUUUUGAAACCUCUGCACUAAAAGAGGAAGCCUUCAAAGCAGAUGCUCUGAAACAAGGCAGUGAUUACUAUGAGCUAAGUGACACUAAAGAGAGUGCGUAUGAGCCUUAUCAGACUGGUCGUCUAAUACCUGAAGACAAAGAGGAAGAAGAGGAAGAAUUACAGACAGAAUUGGGCCAGCAGCAAGGUAUGUCUGCUCAUGAAAUAGGGUACAGUACCCUGGCUCAGAGCUAUACACCAGACAAAUCUGAAGAACCAAGUUCCCCAACAGAACGAAUGUUCACUAUUGACCCCAAAGUCUAUGGGGACAAACGAGAGCUCCACAGUAAAAAUAAAGAUGACCUAACUCUGAGCAGGAGCUUGGGACUUGGGGGGAGAUCUGCAAUUGAACAGAGAAGUAUGUCUAUUAACCUGCCCAUGUCCUGCCUGGAUUCUAUAGCUCUAGGAUUUAGCUUUGGCCGCGCACAUGAUCUUUCUCCCCUGGCUUCGGAUAUUCUAACCAACACUAGUGGCAGUAUGGAUGAAGGUGAUGACUACUUGCCAGCAACCACGCCAGCAUUAGAGAAGGCCCCUUGCUUCCCCAUUGAUAGUAGAGAGGAAGAUGAGCACAUUGAAGAAGAAAAAGCAAUGGCAGAAGAAAAAGUCCAGCCUGAGACUUCCGUUGAAUCACCUUUCCCAGCCAAAGAUUAUUACAAAAAUGGGGCUGUCUUGGCUCCUGACCUGCCUGAAAUGUUAGACCUUGCAGGGACAAGAUCUAGAUUAGCAUCUGUGAGUGCAGAUGCCGAGGUGGCGCAAAAGAAGUCAGUUCCUUCUGACACUGUUUUGGAAGACAGCAGCGCAGCCCUGCCACCUGUGACAGAUGAAAACCAUGUAACUCUAAAAGCUGAAAGCCAGCUAGAAGACUUGGGCUACUGUGUUUUCAAUAAGUACACAGUCCCACUCCCUUCUCCAGUUCAGGACAGUGAGAAUUUAACAAGCGAAACCUGUCCCUUUUAUGAAGGCACAGAUGAAAAAUUGAGACGCAGCCUAGCUCCUGACCUGUCCUUAAUAGAAGUGAAGCUGGCAGCAGCUGAAAAAUCCAAAGAAGAAUUCCUCAGUGAAAAAGAUUUAGCUCAGCAUGCCGCUGGUGAGUCCGUUCUGGGGAGGGACUUUGAGCAGGAGAAGAAAGAGAAGCUGGAUACUGUGCUAGAAAAAAGUGAAGAUCAAGUUGACUCUAAAGAGGUCUAUCCCAUUAAAGGUACAGAGUCAGAGAGGACAAGACCUGAGGCAAUCUUAGAAAUGAAAGAAGAAAGUGUGGCUGACAAAGUUCAUGUGCCUGCUGAUACAACGUAUGACAGAAUAUUGUCUACAGAGGUAACAACAGAAAAAGAUGCUGUUUCUUUCUUGAUGGAGGAGAAGAUUCUUAGUGUUGUUCCUGAAAUGGCUGAGAUAGAAGCUCCAGUAAAACCAGAUUACAAUGCUAUAAAGCAUGAUUUGGAGGUGGCUGCAAGGAGAGCCGACCAAGAAUAUCAGAGUCAGUUAGAAAGUAAGAUCAGUGAAGGUUCUCUCCCUUCAGGGAAGGACAAAGCCCCUGUUAAAAGAGCAGGGCCUGAACCCAAAGAAACUCAACAGAAAGAUCAGACCAUCUUGUCCAGAGAAGCAAAGGAUGCAGAUGUACUUUCCAAGACUGAGCCUAGUUACGUGAAGGACAGCACCAAACUGUCUGAAACAGAAAUUAAGGAAAAAGUAGCUAAGCCCGAUCUUGUACAUCAAGAGGCAGUUGAUAAAGAGGAAUCUUAUGAAUCUAGUGGAGAGCAUGAUCAAGCCCAGGAAGGUUUGAACGGAGAACCCUUAAAACAAGAGGAUAUCAAAGGAGAACCUCCAAAACCUACUGUGUCUGGGGAAGAGGUGCCUGCACAGUUGCCAGCAAAGGAGCCUUCUCUGGAGCUCCUCCUUCCAAAAACUGAGCCUCCCCAAGAAGAGCCUGCUGAGAUUCAGAUGGAGACCAUACCACAGCCUACAGAGGAAAUUGAAAAGAUUCCUGAUACAGCUGUGAAACCUACAGAAAUCCAAACACUGCUGCCAUCCGAAGUGACAGCUGGGGCUGCAAGAAGGGAAGAACAUGAGGAAGAAGAGGUAGAAGGGGGACAAGAAGAAAAAGAAGAGGAUAAACAGCAUCUUAUACCAGAAAUGCCCCAAGAAAUGGACCUUGGGAAACCUACCAGUGAAGAAAUGCUAGCCAAGGUUUGCCCAGAAGCACUACCUGAACUCAAAGGCAUUAUUGAAUCCGUGGUGACAGUAGAGGAUGACUUUAUCACAGUGGUGCAGACAACCGUUGAUGAGGGUGAAUCUGCGUCUCACAGUGUACGCUUCGCUGCUACCCAGCAGGAAGACAUCGAAACUGUGGACUCCCAGGCUGAAGAGGAGCUGGAGGUUGAGGAAGUGGCUGACAUUCAAGCUGAGCCCAAGGAGGGCUCCCCAGAAGCUCCUGCUUCACCCGAGAGAGAAGAAAUCUUGCUCACUGACUACAAAACAGAGACGGGUGAUGAUUACAAAGAUGAAACAACAAUCGACGACUCCAUCAUGGACACAGACAGUCUCUGGGCAGAUACUCAAGAUGAUGAUAGGAGCAUCAUGACUGAACAGUUAGAGACUGUUCCUAAAGAGGAGAAGGCAGACAGAGAAUUGCGAAGACCAUCUCUUGAUAAGCAUAAAAAAGAAAAACCUUUUAAAACUGGGCGAGGCAGGAUUUCUACUCCUGAAAGGAAAAUAGCUAAAAAGGAACCUAGCACACUCUCCAGAGAUGAAGUGAGAAGGAAAAAAGCAGUGUAUAAGAAAGCUGAACUUGCUAAAAAAACUGAAGUUCAGGCCCACUCUCCCUCCAGGAAAAUCAUUUUAAAACCUGCUAUCAAAUAUACUAGACCAACUCAUCUCUCCUGUGUUAAACGGAAGCAGACAGCAGGUGGUGAAACAAACCAGGCUCCUGGUGUAUUUAAACAAGCAAAGGAAAAACUCUCAGAUGGAGUAAGCAAGAGUCCUGAAAAACGUUCCUCUUUACCAAGACCUUCCUCUAUCCUUCCUCCUCGAAGAGCUGUAUCAGGAGACCGAGACAGAGAGGAGAACUCUCUCUCCCUCACAACAUCCCUUUCCUCUUCAGUACGACGGACCACACGAUCAGAACCAAUUCGUAGCAGAACAGGAAAAAGCGGAACUUCUACCCCCACUACUCCUGGCUCCACUGCCAUCACUCCAGGGACACCACCGAGCUAUUCCUCCCGUACGCCGGGCACUCCAGGGACACCCAGCUACUCCAGAACCCCACACACUCCUGGGACCCCCAAAUCUGCCAUACUGGUACCAACUGAGAAAAAAGUUGCCAUAAUUCGCACUCCUCCUAAAUCUCCAGCCACUCCAAAGCAGCUGCGGGUUAUUAAUCAGCCUCUACCUGACCUCAAGAAUGUCAGGUCCAAAAUUGGAUCAACAGAUAACAUCAAAUACCAGCCUAAGGGAGGGCAGGUUAGGAUUUUAAACAAGAAGAUCGAUUUUAGCGAUAUUCAGUCCCGGUGUGGUUCCAGAGAUAACAUCAAACAUUCUGCGGGGGGAGGAAAUGUACAGAUCGUAACCAAGAAGAUUGACUUGAGUCAUGUGACUUCCAAGUGUGGCUCGCUCAAGAACAUCCAUCACAAGCCAGGAGGUGGGCGUGUGAAAAUUGAGAGCGUGAAACUGGAUUUCAAAGAGAAAGCUCAGGCUAAAGUUGGUUCACUUGAAAAUGCCCACCAUGUACCUGGCGGUGGUAAUGUCAAGAUUGACAGCCAGAAACUAAACUUCAGAGAGCACGCUAAAGCCCGUGUUGAUCACGGAGCUGAGAUCAUCACACAGUCACCAGGCAGGUCCAGCGUGGCUUCACCACGCAGACUCAGCAACGUCUCAUCCUCUGGAAGCAUCAACCUGCUUGAAUCGCCCCAGCUUGCUACCCUCGCUGAAGAUGUCACGGCAGCCCUUGCUAAGCAGGGCUUAUGAAUUUGCUCAUUUUGCAUUGUAUGAAGUAAUAAUAUUUAGGCAUGAGCUCUUGGCAGGAAUGGGCUCAGAGCAGGUGUUACAUUCAUUCUUUACCAUGUCUAAAACUAAGUCACAUCCCAAGACUUGUAGUUAUCAUACCGU